GGCAGUAAGCUGCAGUGAAGGGGCAUCGAGCCGACUCCUUCACCUUGUAGCUCGCCAGCUCGGCCGCCCGCGGGUCCUCGGCGCCGGCGAUGCGCUCCGCUCCCGCUCCGCCGGCCGUCAGUGGUCGCUAUGGCCGGAGACGGCGCGGUGGGGACGGCGGACAUCACCGCUCGAGCGGAGGCGGUGCUCGCGCGAUGUCGCCAGCUGGGCGUGCAGCCGGCCCAGCUGCGCCGGCUGACCGGCUACGGCCGUCUGCUGACGGAGGGUGCUGAGCUGAGUGACUGCGGGAGCCGGCGGCGGCGCUGGGUGCUGCCGGCCUCGCUGGCGCUGCUGGUGGCCGUGCUGCUGCAGCAGCAGCUCUAUACGGUGGCCGGCCUGUCGCGGCUGCUCUUCAGACUGGAGGGCAUCAGCGAGCACGCCGAACAGUGUACGAUAGAGAUGCCUCCGAUGAUGGCCGACCUGACCACGGCCCCGGUCAACUGCUCCAUGUGCGCCGAUAUCGACCGGGUCGACAGAGUCUCCAACAUCACACCGGAGGAGUUCGAGCAAAAGUACGCCUACUCGGGCCGGCCGGUGGUGGUCACCGACGGAACCGCCUACUGGACGGCACCGCGCGUCUUCAACUUCAACUUCUUCAAGGAGCUGUACGGCCCCAGCUCGCCCGUCAUCGAGAGCACCGACAACAGGGGCUGUCAGUUCUUCCCCUACAAGACUAAUUUCCGAUCGCUGCGGGAGGUGUUCUCGAUGUCCCAGGACCGAGCUGACAUGAAGCCGGGAGAGAAGCCGUGGUAUAUCGGAUGGUCCAACUGCGACUCGGCGGCGGCCAACGAGCUGCGCCGUCACUACAGCCGGCCGUACUUCCUGCCCGACACCUCAGAGUCCAGCCGACUCGACUGGAUCUUCAUGGGCACGCCCGGCUUCGGCGCCCACAUGCACAUUGACCACGUGAGGAACCCGUCGUGGCAGGCCCAGCUGCACGGCCAGAAGCUGUGGACGCUGCAGCCGCCACCCGAGUGUCAGAGCGUGUGCCGUCGGAUGGAGACCACCGUCAACCCGGGAGAAAUCAUUGUACUGGACACCAACAUCUGGUACCACAUGACGACCAUCGUCUCGGACGUCAUCAGCAUCACCAUCGGCUCUGAGUACGACUGAGACGUCACUGGACGUCAUCGGACGUCAUCGAGGAUCAUCAGACACGCCAUUGGUGUCAUCACUCCUCGCGAGGCAUCACCAGAUGCCAGCUUACGUCCUGACAGCGAUGUUAGAGUAGGAGGCUGAGGUGUACGCAGGUGAUAAAAGCUUCUGUCUAGUCUCUUGCGCGGCGACCAGCAGCUUGCGAAGAAUACACAUUCGAAGAAUAGAAUGGUACCCUUGAAGGUAGAAGGGCGCCAACCGUUUGCAGCUGCUGUGUUGAUGGGGUUUGGGUGAGGCCGUCGAGCUCGAAAGGGCUUGGACCUAUGGAAGGGUGAGGAGGUUUGGACUAUGCAUAAUGAUCAGCGCUGUUAGGCGUUGAAAGCGAUGAUUGUCGUGUCAAUUAUCCUGCGUUGUAUCGCCGUAUUGCGUCAAUUACCAGCUGUGUUGCGCCCGUUGUUUUAUUGUGCCGAAUGCCCGACUGUCGUUCGCUACUGCUUAUAGCAUGUGAGCAUACGCAGUCAAUGUUAAUGCAAACACAUGCUGGCUGAAUUGACGUUCGCCGUCGUACAUAUUAUGCCAUAAAGUUAGGUAUGUG